CGCCUCGUGCCGCAGGAGGCGAUAAAGCCCACCCUAUUGAGCUUCUCUCAACGGACGAUGAGAAAGAUGCAGCGCUCGGCACGACAGAUGGUGAAAGUGAGCCUAUACUGUCUCUAGCUUGGCAUCUGGAGCAUGGGAUGGAUGCAACGCCAAAAUCUGCUCGUAAGUGGGCGGGCCGCUCGCCAGAACAAGAGCAAUACGCCUCGAGGACCUGGGCGAACCAACUUAUCUGAGUCGCCUACUAAAGCGAAACAACGUGCUAUUGACCAGGUGUACCCUUUGCCGAAGGACGAAGCUCUUUCUGUCGGCUCCGACUCUGAUCGAAAUGCCACUCCGCCACGAGCCGGUCCAUCCUCAUCAAGACGCCCCGCCGCUUCGCAGCCCCUGCCUACUGGUUCUCGCAUUCGUAAGGACAAAAUACCAGCAUCCCACAGAGGAUUGUUAGGGCGUGUCAGUGGAGCGCCCGGGUCGUGGGAGAACCCAGAAGAGAUGAUCUUCAGUGAUGGGCAUAUGGUACCUCGAUCUUCAGCAAGUGAGAGCGAAAGAGACCCCCGACCCCAGAAAUCCAGAGGGACCAAGAUUAUAUCAGGCCCAUCUCUUCCAGCAAGCGCAGAAGGACGUGGCUUUCCUCAGGAAUCCCUGGACAGCGCUUCCACAUUUGCACCUGCACAUGUACCUUCUGGAUCAUGGGACAGUUCUCUGGAAUACAGAAUGGACACUCGUAAACCUGAAUUUUCAGCCGAGUGGAGUAAACAGCUCAUUCCCAAGCGUCGACCCAGUUCACCUUCGCCGCCGCCGGAAUCCGCUGAAUUUCGGAACAAGCUGCCUAGAUUGGCUUUCCCAGAAGAUUCAGAUGGGUCUGUUCUGAGAUCUGCGACGGAUAUACCGCAGCAAUCGCCUGCGGUCAAGCGCCUGGGACCAACUUGGAGAACGAGUUCGGGACCGUCCAGUCCGCUGCCCAGCAUCCCCGCUUUACCCGCUGAUCUGCAGAAAACGGCGAUGGAAAAAGAAGGCUUACACGACGCACUGCCUGACCUGGAGCCUGAGAAUCAGCGCAGCAUCGCUACAGGCCCGCAGGACCUUUCCCUACCACUGGAGAUGAAAAUUCUUGCCCUUGAAGAGGCACAUGGGCAACCUGCCGGUCCAUCGUCGACAGAGAUCCUUGACACAACGCCAAGGGCUGCGAGAAUACUUAGAUCGCCUGCUCGAGAACCAUCACCCUUGAAAUCAGACGACCGCCUCAUAGAUUUGCCUGCAGCCUCUUUCGAUUUUGAUAUGGAUGGAUCCGGCAUGGUUAAAGAUGAGGAUGUCGAGCAGAGCGUGUACGGAGAUGCAAUGGAACAGCAGCCGGAGAACCUUCCCGCUUUGCAGCCGAUAGCUUCACCAAGGUCUGACCCACAGGACGACCCGAUGACGCAGGAUCCGGUUAGAGAAUCGACGACAAUGGAGCCACUCGUAACGAGUCUUGCAGAUCAGUCUGCUGCUCCCAACGACGCUAGCUCUCCUCUGCAAGUCGAGCAGGAGGUGGAAACGGUUCGCGUGGGAGUGGCCGACGUCGACUUAGGCGGUCCCGCCCGACCGCCGAUGUCUCGCGUUACUCGGUCUCCUUCCAUUAUCGAGAUCUCCUCCGAGAUAUUUGGCUUGCAGCCUACGUCUUCACGCGGAGAAGCUGCAGUCCACUCGGUGCGGAGGUCUCGGCGCGCAGUGAAGGACCAGCAUUCAGAGAUGAUGAUGGAGGAGGAGGAGAAGGGACAAACGCCUUCUAAAAUCUUGUCUCUCGGCCGAUAUGAGAAUAUGACUCGAGCGGCGUGGCGGCAGCUUGUGGAGGAAGAUGCCAAUUACGAGGCCGAGGGCUUCAUCGACUCUGUCAAAAGCUCUCCGUCGAGCAGCCGAUCGACUCUGCAGAAGGUAGACGACCAGCUCUACGUGUCUAUUCAAGGCCAAACAGAGGAAUCGACCCAGCAGCCUCCACCAGAUCGCCGAGGCGUGGCGAAGCGAUACUUCAAUUCCGCUCAGAUCGAUGAGUGGAAUCGUCGCGCACCAUUCUUGACUCAUAAUCCGGCUCUGCACCGAACCAUCUUCGAAGCAUUCAUAGCGGAGAAGGAGCUCAACGGAGGAAUAAGCGUGUGCAAUGAUGUGGACAAUGAAGGUGCUCCGCCAGACCUCGAAUUCGAAUACUCCAACGAGAUGCUUUACCAUCCUGAUGUUCCUGAUCCGGAGAAGAGCUUGGGUUGCGACUGUGAAGGCCCCUGUGAUCCUUAUUCGAAGUCAUGCUCUUGUCUGAGAAGACAACAGGCCUACUUUCGAGAAUUUGACGUCAAGGGCUUCGCUUACGAUCAAUAUGGUAUCGCGAAAUUCCCCGCUGCUACUAUUUGGGAGUGCAGUGAUACUUGCGGUUGCCCACCUUCCUGCAUCAACCGAGUCAUCCAACACGGCAGAAAGAAGGAGACUAGGAUUGAGAUCUUCAAAACGAGGUAUAAAGGAUGGGGUGUUCGAGCCAAAGGUCCUAUUCCUGCAGGACAGUUCAUCGGUAUUUACGCUGGUGAACUCAUCACGGAAGACGAAUCGGAAAAGCGCGGCGUACUGUACACGGAGAUUGGACGAACGUACAUCUUCGAUGCCGAUGGAUGGCACUUGAGACAUCCUCCGGCGGGGCUCGCAACGAUUGAUCCCCGACUGGCGGAGACUGCCGCUGCUACGGCUCAGCGGGCCAACGCGGCUCAGGAGGGCUAUGAGGAUACCGAACAAUUCUACAGCGCUUAUAGUGUGGACGCCUUUCACUACGGGAAUUAUACUAGAUACUUUAAUCAUUCCUGUGACCCGAAUAUGGAGAUUGCCCAAUGCUAUGUGCACGACUUUCAUCCCGAAAGGCCUCUGCUUUGUAUCUUCACUCGGCGACAGAUACAGCGAAACGAGGAGAUGUGCAUCUCAUACAAAGGCAUACCAGAUGAUGAUGUCGUUGUCAACCCUUCUCCGAGAGCCAAAGGUCGAAGGGGCAACAACAGACAUGUCACGAACGCCGCGGCACAUGCCGCUCAUGCAACUUCGGCCAUUGUAAGAGAGGCGAAACAUCAAUGUUACUGUGGAUCUGCCAAUUGUGACGGUAGCAUGUUCAAUUAACACGAAACCAAUUGGCUCAUGUUGUUCUUGUAUCUUCCACGACUCGUCAUCAGACCACUGUGCGCCUCUUGUACUCUUGUCAGAUGUUGCAUCACCCUUUGCCUUCCAUAACAUCGUCCACUCCUUGUAUGACUGGAUCAUCCAAUACCUCCCCUAGAGCAGCUUCGAGCUCUUUGAGGAGACUCUCUGCCAGUACGGUGUCAGCUCGUUAGGAUUCUAGGAUAGAGAC